AUGUCUGCCUCUCUGGCACCUGAGUGCAACGAGGUGAAGGAAAAAUAUGACACUUGCUUCCUUAAGUGGUACAGCGAGGAGUUUCUGAAGCGCAGCACAACAACAUCCCAAACCAAGGACAAGUGCGAUGCCCUGUUCAAGGAAUACCAAGUAUGCCUCAAGGGCGCCCUCAAGGCAAAGGGCAUAGACAAGCUCGUCGAGGAGGCGCGUGAGGACCACAAGGAGAGCGACCUGUUGUACAUGAACAACAAGAAGCCAUGA